AUGGCCAGGACUGCUUUGAGCCUCUUGAACUUGGUUAUUGCAGCUUCCGUUCUCCGGGUGCGGAGCAACAGUUGCGAAGAGGUUUGGUUCGAGGAUGCGAAGUUCGAUGGUGAGCCGUCCACAUGCGGCGAGCGGAUCGUUUUUCUUCAGACGCCCCAGGGAGGACUCCUCACUGAGCAGGAGGCUCGCGUCAAGGCGGCGUUGGAGAACGACAUUUGCGCCGAUUGCUGGCCGUGGGAGAAGUACCGCGAGGACGGCAACACGGAGCGCUCUGCGAAGCGUGGUAUUGCCAUUGAGAACCACAUGCUGACCGCGGAGAUGCUGUCUGGGCUUUCUCACAUCAUCUCCUGGGGCGCCACCUGGGAUUACAAGCUCCAAGGUGGCCCCAGCCUGGAUGUGUGGAACGCAGCGGGUAUCGAGUUCUACCCCAUGAUUUGGGGCGAUGGCACCAUUGCUGCUGCAGAGGCGAAUGGCAUGCCGGAGGGCAGCCGGGCUUUGCUCGGCUUCAACGAGCCGAACUUCCCCGAGCAGGCCAAUCUCCAUCCGUACUGGGCCGCAUACUACUGGAAGGAUGUGGAGAGGAUCGCGGAGUUGAACAACAUCACCACGAUUGUCUCGCCAUCCAUGAACUACCAUUGGUCCUUCGAUCCGAUCGACUGGCUCUACCAAUUCUUCUACCACUGUGAGGGCUGCAAGGUUGAUGCGAUCGGCCUCCACGUCUUCAGCUGCUAUGCCAACGGCUUGAAGUAUCACUUGGACCGCUACCGCGUAUUUGGCAAGCCGAUGUGGGUCACGGAGAUUGCUUGCUCUGACCCACACUCCCCGGAGCGGCUAUCGGCAGAGGGCCAAAUGGCCUACAUGAAGGAGGCGAUCCCCCUCCUCGAAGCUGAUGAGGAUGUGGCGAUGUAUGCUUGGUUCAGCUACUUCAAGGAUGAGUGGGCCCAUCCGAUCGUGGAUGGAGAGAACGGCGAUGCUGGCCUCAUUCACCCGAACGGCACCCUGACAAACCUGGGGAAGCUGUUCGAAACCUUUGCCGCCGGAUCCAACUUGACGGAGAUCAACAUUACGAUCCCCGAGUGGAAGAAUGAGACAAACGAGACGAGCUCCACUACGACAACGGAAAGUGAGACCCUCACGACUACCAAGUCUGCAACCACGAGUGUGUCCGAGACAGCGACAUCUUCGACAACAGGAUCGCAGACGUGGUCGAGCACCCUCACCGAGUCGACCACGACCGUGACAAGCUCGGUGACAGCAACUGGCACGGACACAUCUACUCAGACGGGAAGCACGACCACGGUGUCCUCGUCGAAGACCGACACGACAACCCAGACAGACACUAGCACUUCAGCAACAACAACGCGCACCUCAAGCAGCAGCUCGACACAAAGUUCGAGCGCAACAUCGAACACGGCCACAAGCAGUACUAAAACAUGGUCGGGCGAGACUUCGUCAACCACUGUUGUGACAGUCACAGACACUUCUGUAACUGCUACUGUCACCAGCACAGUGAGCACGACAGAGACUUCGGUAACCGACACCGCAACCGCUACCAGCACUGGCAGCACCACGCUGAGUGCCACCAACCCACCCGAAAUGGCGACCACAGCCAUGAGCACCACCGCGACCACAACUGCAACGCUGCCAGCAGCCACAGCGACUGCUACUACCACUCUCAGCAGCACGGAGUGGGCAACGCCAGCGACGACCAAGACGCUGACCACUACCAGGACGCUGUCGGCCACGACAACCACUUGGUCCAGCAGCGCCACCAGAACUCAGACCACGAAGAUGGUGGAAGCGCCGAUCACGACCGUGGCCGAGGCGACUACUGUCACAGGCACAGCAACCUGGACCGGCACAAGCACCACGGACAACCUGGACAGCGCCAACACCACCACAGAGCAUGCGCACACGAACUAUACCAGCUCCCGUCACCUCACGGGCACGGCCCCGAGUACGACCAUGACUCAGGGCGGUGAGUCCACAACUUACACCCUGGACGAGGAGGACAACACCACGAAUGACACCGAGCUCACCUGUGGGGAGGCAGUGGAAGCUUGGUGUCAGUCCGAUCCGGAGGCUGCACCUUUCUUCCCCCUCAGACACUGCUCCGAUUGGCGUUUGCACGAUGCCAUGUGCACUUCCCCCGUGGGCGGCGGCCAGGCCGCUCCCCAGUUCAGUGCUGGCACCACGCUUCAAGAAGGGUCCCCUCUGUCGGUGCUCUUCUUGAUCAUGGCCGUGAUCGGUGCAGCCAUGGCAUCCGCGGCGCUCACUUCAGCAUUCCACAGGCAGCGCUGCCUUUGGCUUCGCUACCUUUGCUGCUGCCAGAAACGCCGCGAGGACGAGGAGCAAGAGGACCUGAAGCGGGCUGUCUCCGAGAAAGACUGGCCCGGCCGCUGUUUGAACGUCAUGGGGAAGAAUGCCAGCGUGGCACCAGCCCCUGAGGGCGGCGUGUUGCUCCCGGUCGAGGCUUUGGCGCGCCGUGUGGCCUCGUCGCCCAUGGCUGGCUGCGAAGGCUCCCCAGUCAGAGGAACCUUCAGUAAGGGUGCCAACAACCUUUCUGAAGUGGCCGUUGGCACUCCGGUGGGCACCACGCCUGCUUCGCGAGCGGCUGCCCUUCACACGCUGCAGGAGGCCAUGGCAAUGGCAACAGCUGAAGAUUCUACGUGGGACGAGAAGCAGGUGGCCCUGGAUCAGGUUGGCCGCCUCCUCGCCGGCGGCGCCACGGCGAACCUGCCGAUGGCAUUGCGACAGGAAGCCGAAGCCUGGCAGUGCCGACAAGACGAGAGGUUGCGCCUCGCGCGAUCUUUGGAAGCAGCAGCCGAGAAAGCGGCGGCCCUGGAGGAUGGCGCUCGCGAGGCGAUGGGAGAGGACGGCACGAAGAGCGACGACAACCCUCUGCGAGAGCUGAUGGCCCGUGCCAAGCUCUCCGUAGAUGCUGGCGAUCGGGAGGCGAUGCUGGCUGAGGCGGCUCGGCGUGCGAGCACGUUCCAGGAAGAAUUGGAUGCCCAAAGGCUACGGCUACAGGCUCGUCGCCGAAAGCAAUCCGAUGGAGACUCGUCGCUCCUGACUGCUGGAGCACUGCUGGAGGAGCGAGACGCGCUCGCUGGGCUCAAGGACAAGGUGGCCGCAGAGUUUGCCGCCCUGCCGGGUCUGCGGGAGGACGGUGCCGGCGACGAAGCCUGGGAUUCGGCCUGCGAUGCCUUGGAGGAAGCAUGGAAGCAUCUCUCAGCAGACGUGCAGUCGGCAUCGCAGGAGGCUCAGUCAGCUUUGACCGCAACGUUGGGUGGUACCAAAGUCGCCAAGUCGCUGGAAGACACGGAUGCCGAGCGGCGGGCUGCGCUGGCAGAGGCAGCUCGCCGUGCUGCAGCGUUCGAUGAGGAACUUCAGAAGCAGAAGCAGAAGCUGCAGAAGAGGGCCAAGGGCAAAGGGAGCCAAGCCGCUGCCCUGGAGCUUGGAAGGCUCCUGGAGGACAAGGAGGCGUACGAGGCCCUCGAGUCUGAGAGAGCCGCUGCUCUGGAAGAGUGCCAGAAGUUCAUGGCAGAGGGCAAGAUGACUGACAGCGAGGCUAACGACUGGGCUCAGCUGGUCGAGGCCCUGGAUGCCGCCAGGGCGGAUGUGGCUGAGCUGGCUCCCGAGACAAGUGCCGAGGCGCUUCCCAAGACCAGCACCUGGGCCGCCAUCGCAGCGAAGGUGAAGACGGGAAAGCUCGAGGUUGACAGCCAGGAGCAGAUGGCGAUGCUGGCUGAGGCAACCCGACGUGCUGCAGCCUUUGACGAAGAGCUUCAGAAGCAGCGAUCGCAGAUGAAGAAGCGAAGGAAGGCUUUGCAGAAGGGCGCAUCUCCCGACCAGGUGGACCCCCUCGAGGCGUGCAGGACUCUUGCAGACGAGCAAACUCUGAAGAAGCUGGCGAAGGAGCAGGCCGAAGCCUGUGCGCAGUGUGAGGCCUUGGCUGCAUCUGCCGAGGGCGACACGAAGGAGGCCAUACGCGAGAGCUUAGCUUGCAGGUUUCCGGAAGGUCUUGUGCACAGCGGUGCCAUGCCUGUGUUGGGACUUCGUGUGCACGCAGCGUGCCAGUUAGUGACGGUGCGCGCUUUUGAUUUGCCCGGACAUUGUAGCCAAUUCUGUGCUCAGAAAUCUGUGCGUCUGACAACUCCGGGGAAACCACUCCCCUGCAUUGCCUUCAUAUCUCUUACAAUGGGUUGCCGACUCGUGGCCGUGGCGCUCAUCCUGGCACAGCUGGUGUCUGGGGACUUUGUGUACGACGACCAGUUGGGUGGCGGAAAGUCGCCCGUGCUUCCGCUGGGGAGCCCGGAACGCAUGGUGAGGUCCAUGUUCGAGAUCACCAGCCCCAUGGGAGCCGUGGGAGUUCAACACUCUCAGCUGAUCUUGGACUUCGGUGAACAGGAGCCUAUGUUGGCCGUGGACUUGCACGAGGUCCGAGACCCCAAGAGACCUGAUUCCCGUCUGAAUCUGGGGGCCGUCUUCGUGCUUCGCAUCCCGUACGAGGACGUAAAAAACUCCAAGACGACGAUGAACUCGGCCCAGACCAUGACCAAGGAGGAGCUCCACGAAGCCAAGGCCGAGAACCCCUCCUUCGUGCCCAAAUCCAUUUGGCGCGAGAGUCGCCUGUCCUCUGAAGUCUCCGAGCAGCAGGUCUUCUCCUUCUUGAGGGGCUGGCAGCUUGGCUGCCACUACUUCUACUUCUAA